AUGAGCACCGCCGCAGAGCUGCCCUCCGACGGGGGCGAGCUCCGCCUGCGGCAGGCUCGCGAACCGGCCAACACCCCUCCGGCCUCGAAGCCCGAGCAUGCCGCGUCUGAGGGCAAUCUGGCACUCGAUGGGGAGCACGCGGACAAUGUCAAGAGCAAAAAGACAUUCGGCCGCACCCCAGAUGGCACAGUCUUCAUCGUGCCCACGACGCAUGACAUGGUCUCUCAGCUGCUAGACCCCCGCCAACCCAAGAACCUUUCCGAUGCGCUCGUCCUCGGGAUACUCGCCUUGCAUAUCUUGGCUGCCUACAUGCUACCCUCCGGCUGGAAGCGCCCCGUCUUCGCCCUCAUCUUCCUCUGCUGGCGCGCCGCUUACAACGUCGGCAUCGGCGUCUUGUUACACAUCCAGUCGCACCACCGCCGCCUCAUCACGUGGGCGCGCCGCUGGAAGCUCUUCGAGGACCCCAAGACGGGCAAGAACCCGCGCCCGUGGUUGUACAAACUACUCAAGCGAGAGCUCGAGGCAAAGAUCCCGGAAGACUACGAAUUCGAGAAGGCGCCUCUCGAGUACAACACGUGGCUGGUCUUCCGCAGGGUCGUCGACCUGAUCUUGAUGUGUGAUUUCGUGUCCUACUGCCUCUUCGCCAUCGUCUGUGGCCACACACCCAAGGGCGAGGGCAUUGUCAUGAGUCUUGCGCGAUGGGCGCUCGGCAUCGCCCUUGUUGGCUUCAACCUCUGGGUCAAGCUGGACGCGCACCGCGUCGUCAAAGACUUUGCGUGGUACUGGGGUGACUUCUUCUAUCUCAUCGACCAAGACCUGACGUUCGACGGUGUGUUUGAGAUGGCGCCGCACCCCAUGUACUCGAUCGGAUACGCCGGCUACUACGGCAUCUCCAUGAUGGCCGCCAGCUACGAGGUGCUCUUCAUCUCCAUCGUUGCGCACCUCGCUCAGUUCGCCUUCCUCGUGACUGUGGAGAAUCCGCACAUCGAGAAGACAUACAACCCGCCUCCUCCCCGGCCGAGAACCCUGACCCGGAGUCAAAGUGACAUCUCCCUCACCCUCGACCACCAUGACGAGACCUUUUCCGACCGCCCGAGCUCGUCCGCCUCCGCCACCGCUCCGGCCUACGUUAUCAAUGAUCCGCCCGCCGCAGUGCAUGACAUGGUUGGCCUGAACAACAUGGACCUGUUCCGCGUGCCUGACUGUGUCGUCGUCAUUCUGCCUCUUUACGUAGCCGUGCUGACGCUCGUGACGCCCUCGACCCCGAUCUGGCAAGCCCUCUUCGUGGCGCACGCGUUGGGCUGGCGCGUCUGGUACCAUCUCGGGCUCGGCCUCAUCUUGGACAGGCAAUCCAAGACCAAGAUGUGGACGCGGCAUUUCCUCAAGUUCGGCGAGAGCGCCGGUGAGGCAUGGCGCCAAUGGAAGGGCAUGCAUCACAUCAGCAUGAUCAUGUGCAACACGGCCUUCAUCGCCGCCUGCUGGAAGAUGUACUCGCCACCCGCAGACUGGGGUUACGGGCUCGUGCUUCUCAAGCACGUCAUGGGCGCGUCCCUGGUCGCACUGCAGCUUUGGACCGCUUUCAGCGUGUACGACUCCCUUGGCGAGUUUGGGUGGUUCUGUGGUGACUUCUUCUUCGACCAGGAGGCCAAGCUCACGUACACUUCCAUCUACCGGUUCCUCAACAACCCAGAGAGAAUUUUCGGCACGGCCGGCGUCUGGGGCGGCGCCCUCAUCACGUGGAGCAGGUCCAUCUUCAUCAUGGCCAUUGUCACGCAGAUCUUGUCCAUCUUCUACCUCUCCUUCAUCGAGAGACCGCACAUGCAAAAGGUCUACGGCAGAAGUCUGCGCAGGGAAGCUGGCCUCACCAAGUUCAUCAAGCGGUCGCUGCCGCCGCCCGUCAAGGGCUGGCAGGAGAGCGUGGACAAGGUCCUCGACGACACGGCCCACUUUGUCGAGGACUUCCUCGACACGGCACGGCCCAAGUUUGCGGCCGGCGUCAAGACGAUUGUCCGCGACACGUCGGCCCUCUUCAACAUGGCACCUGCGCGUCUUACCCUUACGCGGAUCGCGCCAGACCUGGCGGGUCUGGACCCCAAGCAGUACACACUGAGCGUCGACGGCACAGUGUCGGUGCUGGCGUCAACGAGAGACGUCCGUGCUUCGGGCAAGGAAAGCGUGACUGGUCGGUUCCCCAAGGAGGUCAAGACGAGGAUCUACGAGUACGGCUCACCUCUCAAGGUGAAGUGGCGGGCUCCGGCGAACCACAGCGCCAAGGACUGGAUUGGCCUGUACAUGGUGACAGACAAUCGUUCAAGGGAGGCGACCGAGGUCUCGUCCCUAGGCCGCUGGGCGCCGACGAACGCGGGCAGCUACGAUGCACUGACGGCUGACAGCAGCAUUGUCGUGGCGGAGCAUGCCGUGGCAGCCAAGGGUAGGACCGGCUCGAACUUGGUGGAAGGCGAAGUGCUGUUCCAAGGCGACAAGCUUUGGUGGACGCAAGGCGUGUUUGAGUUCCGGUACCACCACGACGGUAACCACAACGUCAUGACCAUCUCGGAGCCGUUUGAGAUUCGGAUCGGGCCGUUUGCCGAGGAGGAUGUGGACGUGGACGCCAAGGGCAUGUACGCCAAGGCGGUGGAGUCGGCGAUCCUCCCGGUGGUGAAGAACUGCCUCGACCGGGACCCUGACAUCGCGCCGAGCUCGGUGGACGAGCCGUUUGGCAGCCACGUGGAGCGGGAUGGCAAGUACGCGCGUCGUAUUGUAUACGCCAUCCGCGAGAUGUUUGGCAUCGAGUUUGCUCCGGCGGUGGUGCUGGCAGACCGCAACGUGAGGAAGCUGGCGUGGAGAAUCUGCAACGCCAAGGAGGUCCUGGCCCCAUACAGCAUGUCGCACUCCAAGGGCACGACAACGCCAGCUGCGCUGGACUUUGAGGCGCACAAAGCAUAG